CCCCCCGGGCGCCCUCCCCUCCGCCCUGCCCCUCCUGCCCCGGUGCGGAGCGUUUCGCGACUGCUCGCCCCGAGCCGGGCAGCGUUCCGUUCCCCGGGCCCCUCUUCUUGAGCGCUCGGCCCCCUGCAUCUGGGGAGAGGGGCUGGAAAGGGGGCGGGUGGAGCGUGCAGAGGAGCAGAAGGAAGCGAGGCCCGGAGGAGGCGGCGGCUCGGCGGACUGCGGGGAGGAGACCCCACGCCACCCGUUCUGGUCAUCUCCCCUCCGCCCCGCCCCUGCGCACACUCCCUCGCCGGCGAGCUACUUUCGGCCGAGGAAACUGCGGGCGGCCCUGGGUGACAGCGCCGCGGGGCCAGUCCCGGGGAAGCCGCGCGCCCGCUCGCGUCUCGUCCGCCGCGCGCCCGGCCAGGGGCACAGCCCGGACCGAGAUGGCCUCGACUACAACGUGCACCAGGUUCACGGACGAGUAUCAGCUCUUCGAGGAGCUCGGAAAGGGGGCAUUCUCAGUGGUGAGAAGAUGUAUGAAAAUCCCUACUGGACAAGAAUAUGCUGCCAAAAUUAUCAACACCAAAAAGCUUUCUGCUAGGGAUCAUCAGAAACUGGAAAGGGAAGCUAGAAUCUGCCGUCUUUUGAAGCACCCCAAUAUUGUGCGGCUUCAUGACAGCAUAUCAGAAGAGGGCUUCCAUUACUUGGUGUUUGAUUUAGUGACUGGAGGUGAGCUGUUUGAAGACAUCGUGGCGAGAGAAUAUUACAGUGAAGCGGAUGCCAGUCAUUGUAUACAGCAGAUUCUAGAAAGUGUAAAUCAUUGUCACCUAAAUGGCAUAGUUCACAGGGACCUGAAGCCUGAGAAUUUGCUUUUAGCUAGCAAAUCCAAGGGAGCAGCUGUGAAACUGGCCGACUUUGGCUUAGCCAUAGAAGUUCAAGGCGACCAGCAGGCGUGGUUUGGUUUUGCUGGCACACCUGGAUACCUUUCUCCAGAAGUUUUACGUAAAGAUCCUUAUGGAAAGCCGGUGGAUAUGUGGGCAUGUGGCGUCAUCCUCUAUAUUCUGCUGGUGGGAUAUCCCCCCUUCUGGGAUGAAGACCAACACAGACUCUAUCAGCAGAUCAAGGCUGGAGCUUAUGAUUUUCCAUCACCAGAGUGGGACACAGUGACUCCUGAAGCUAAAGACCUCAUCAAUAAAAUGCUUACUAUCAACCCCGCCAAGCGUAUCACAGCCUCGGAGGCACUGAAACAUCCAUGGAUUUGUCAACGUUCUACUGUUGCUUCCAUGAUGCACAGACAGGAGACUGUAGACUGCUUAAAGAAAUUUAAUGCUAGAAGAAAACUAAAGGGUGCCAUCUUGACAACUAUGCUGGCAACAAGGAAUUUUUCAGCAGCCAAGAGUUUGUUGAAGAAACCAGAUGGAGUGAAGGAGUCAACAGAGAGUUCAAAUACAACAAUUGAGGAUGAAGAUGUGAAAGCACGAAAGCAAGAGAUUAUCAAAGUCACUGAGCAGCUGAUCGAAGCCAUCAACAACGGGGACUUUGAAGCUUACACAAAAAUCUGUGACCCAGGCCUUACUGCUUUUGAACCUGAAGCUUUGGGUAAUUUAGUGGAAGGGAUGGACUUUCAUCGAUUCUACUUUGAAAAUGCUUUGUCCAAAAGCAAUAAACCAAUCCACACUAUUAUCCUGAACCCCCAUGUACAUCUGGUAGGCGAUGAUGCUGCCUGCAUAGCAUACAUUAGGCUCACACAGUACAUGGAUGGCAGCGGAAUGCCCAAGACAAUGCAGUCAGAAGAGACACGUGUGUGGCACCGCCGGGAUGGAAAGUGGCAGAAUGUUCAUUUUCAUCGCUCGGGGUCACCAACAGUACCCAUCAAGCCCCCCUGUAUUCCAAAUGGGAAAGACAACCUCUCAGGAAGCACCUCUUUGUGGCAAAACAUCUAAGGCCUGAAAAUCAUUCACAUAUGGGUCUUCUAAAUGUCAGCAGUGCCACUUCUGCACUCUCUGUCCUCAAGGCACCUGGCUGGUGACCCAGGCCGUCCUCUCCUCCUCUUCAUGCAUGUUUCUGAGUGCAUGGAGUUGUGAAGGUCCUAGUGUAAUGCCUGUGAUACAUCAUCUUAUCAUAUAUUCCUUCCUACACAGUGUUUACACCUCAGCUGUGGGGAUGUCCAUGCAAACUCAAAUGACUGUUGGCAAACAGUAGAGGGAGGUCAAAAAAAUUCCACGCUAUUCCACGUACAACCUGUUCAUCAAGUUUCUCUGUUUAUGCCAAGAUUUAACAGACUUCAACGUUAUUGUUCUCUGAAUAACAGUUUGUAAGAGAAAUGUAAAUUUUUAAAAACUCUUUGCUGUUAAUCUGUUUUGGCUUGUUUGUUUAACAAAAAAAGGCAAAAAAAAUACCUUCAGUUUUCUGGUGUGAUCCUGGUUGAAAUGGAUGAAUUUUCACUGAAAGUUUUGUUGCUGUUUAACAAUUAAAGUGGGUUGAUAUGUGGGCAAAAUCACUUAGGAAUGUGGAAGCGAGGAUCAGGUAGUUUGCUACCCUCUAAAGUCAUGUUGUUUUUGGUCAAACCGUGUAAACUGGAAACAUUCACAUCAUUUAUGAGUUUGAUCUCUUUAGGGUAUACUCGCACUGUUGUGAAUUCGCGGAAUUGAAUUUUUUGUUCCUUUCUCAAAUCUGUGCUCUGUUUUCAUUUUAUCCUAUCUCUUUGUUCCUUUUGUUUGCUUCCUUUUUUAUUUUUUUCCAUUCUCUUUUUUCUUUUUGUCUAGUAGUUUGUGAGAAAAAGUGAAAUUUACAUAAUGAUGGUAAAAUAAAAAGGCCUUUCGGAGGUAGCUAAACUAGCACUUGUGAUCUUCAGGGCCCACAAAAAACUGUCAAGAUUUAAAGGUUUUCAAUUCUGUUUAGGCUCUAGUUUGGACGCAGGGAUCCUAACUCAUGUUGGAGGUAUUAGAAUUGUUUCAGCUUACGAAAACCUACUAUACCUGCAGCGUGUCCUCCUGAUGGGGCAGUUGCCAGAGAACCCGAGUUGGUGGUAGAUCGGGGGUUUUGUACAAAUGCACUUCCUUCUGCCCCGUGGCAUGGGCCCUCCUGUACCAUCACUGGCUGGUUUUCUCUAGUUAGAGAGGCCUGCGAGUGUUUUCCAUUCUCAUAAGUGUUUUGAUCUUGAUCUUUAUGACUUGUGCUCUUUUAGCUUCUCUCUUGCGUCAGAGUAACAUUAUUUUCCUGCAAGAAGUGAGCAUUUUCCAGUUUGAAAAACAAGAAAAGGGAAACGUGCUGGUGUUCUUGUGCUCCUCAUUUCUCCUUUGUUGAUUCACCUGCUCUGAGGCUGCUUCUCCCCCCUGAAACGCUCUCUAGUGCAUGGUUCCUUCAUCAGCAUUACGUUAACAAUGGUAACUCUCCAUCCUCAGAAGCCUGUUUUUAAAGCGGAAGCAAAAAACAAAAACGACAAAAAAACCUCCUCCCUCUUUUCUCUCAUUUCACCUUUCUGUGUUGGUGACUAAUCACCUUAGAUAUUGUUGCUAGUGGAUGUAUGGUAGAUGGAUUGAAGCUUUUCUGAUAAUUAUUACACGAUUUAAGACAAUAUAUAUUUAAAAUAAAUAUAUACAGUAAAUGUAUUGAGCCAUGUUAACCUGCCAAUGAGAUCUGUGAAACAGUAAUGGCCUCAUUUUUCCCUUUUUAAUUUCUUUUACCUUUUUGUGAAGCGGCUAUACGUGGCAUACAUGUAUUUUUAAAAAAUAGGUAUAGAGUGUUUUUUUUUUUUAAACUUAGCAUGUGGUGUUGAACUAUUACCAUAGAUCAAGUUUGUCUUCCGCACUAAGACGUGAGGAAAUUGUGAUUUGU